GGGACUGUGCUGUAACUCUUACUUUCAACGCGACAGUAGAUCAGACUUUUUUUUUUUAAAUGUUUGGGAUUCAAGAUACUUUAGGAAGAGGACCGGCUCUGAAAGAGAAAUCGCUGGGCGCCGAGAUGGAUUCGGUCAGGUCGUGGGUCCGGAAUGUCGGCGUGGUGGACGCCAACGUCGCGGCGCAGAGUGGCGUCGCCCUGUCUCGGGCCCACUUUGAGAAGCAGCCUCCUUCCAACUUGAGGAAAUCCAAUUUCUUUCACUUCGUGUUGGCCCUCUACGACAGGCAGGGCCAGCCCGUGGAGAUCGAGCGUACCGCCUUUGUGGACUUCGUGGAGAACGACAAAGAACAGGGCAACGAGAAGACCAACAACGGCACUCACUACAAGUUACAGCUUCUCUACAGCAACGGCGUCCGCACCGAGCAAGACUUGUACGUCAGGCUCAUCGACUCAGUCACCAAGCAGCCCAUAGCGUACGAGGGACAGAACAAGAAUCCAGAGAUGUGCCGAGUUCUCCUAACGCACGAAGUGAUGUGCAGUCGGUGUUGUGAAAAGAAAAGUUGUGGAAACCGAAAUGAGACUCCUUCAGAUCCUGUCAUCAUCGACAGAUUCUUUUUAAAAUUUUUCCUCAAGUGCAAUCAGAAUUGUUUGAAAACAGCAGGAAACCCAAGGGACAUGAGAAGAUUUCAGGUUGUGUUGUCCACAACCGUGAAUGUGGAUGGACAUGUGCUGGCUGUUUCUGACAACAUGUUUGUUCAUAACAACUCAAAACAUGGACGGAGAGCAAGGAGACUGGAUCCCUCAGAAGCUACCCCCUGCAUCAAAGCCAUUAGUCCAAGUGAAGGCUGGACCACAGGAGGAGCCAUGGUCAUUAUCAUUGGAGACAACUUCUUUGAUGGCCUCCAAGUAGUGUUUGGGACCAUGCUUGUAUGGAGCGAGCUAAUCACCCCUCAUGCCAUCAGAGUACAGACUCCUCCUCGGCACAUUCCUGGAGUAGUGGAAGUGACAUUAUCUUAUAAAUCUAAACAAUUCUGCAAAGGAGCUCCAGGGCGGUUCAUUUACACAGCAUUAAAUGAACCUACCAUUGAUUAUGGCUUCCAGAGAUUACAGAAAGUCAUUCCAAGGCACCCUGGAGAUCCAGAGCGAUUAGCUAAGGAAAUGCUGUUGAAAAGAGCUGCAGAUCUAGUGGAGGCCCUCUAUGGAACACCACAUAAUAAUCAGGAUAUCAUUUUGAAGCGAGCUGCAGACAUUGCUGAAGCCCUCUACAGUGUCCCCAGGAACCCUAGUCAGAUCCCAGCUCUCUCCAGCUCUCCAGCUCACAGUGGCAUGAUGGGAAUCAAUUCUUACGGCAGUCAGCUUGGAGUCAGCAUCUCCGAGUCAACGCAGGGAAAUAAUCAAGGAUAUAUCCGCAACACAAGCAGCAUCUCUCCCCGGGGCUACUCUUCCAGCUCUACCCCCCAGCAGUCUAAUUACAGCACCUCCAGUAAUAGUAUGAAUGGCUACAGCAAUGUCCCCAUGGCCAAUCUGGGCGUGCCAGGGUCACCAGGAUUUCUAAAUGGCUCCCCCACCGGCUCCCCUUACGGAAUCAUGUCAUCAAGCCCCACUGUUGGAUCUUCCAGCACGUCCUCCAUUCUCCCGUUUUCCUCUUCGGUUUUUCCUGCUGUCAAACAGAAGAGUGCCUUUGCCCCUGUCAUCAGGCCCCAAGGCUCCCCUUCACCUGCAUGCUCCAGUGGCAAUGGAAAUGGAUUCAGAGCCAUGACCGGUCUGGUGGUGCCCCCGAUGUAAAGAAGAGGAAGAACUGCUUUCUUAUAGCACAAAACUACUUAUUCUGAUGGACCAAUAAUGAGGAAAGCACUCUGAGCUCUGUGGGGAGAGCUGAGCCCCAAAAUGAACAUAAUGGACAGAUUUGGGUAUGCAAGGAGCCUGCAUCUUACCUGGUCUCAUGUUUGUCCUGUAGCUCGGAUGAUAGCUACACAAACUGACUGUCUUGGGGACAAGGACAAAAGAUAUCAUUGACGUAGUCAGUGCUAAAAGCAGAAAUGCAAUUCUUUGUUAUGAACAUUAUGAGAACCACCUUCCUAUGUUUGUAAAAUAUUUAAGAAAAAAAUUGGCAAACAAUUCAUGCUUAAUAUUUUGGAUACUAUUUGUUUUUCUUUGUAGGAAAAAAUGUUGAAAGUUUCUAUUUUCUAUGAAGCCUUUCAGAUACCAAUUUAGUUUAUGCAGAAAAAAAAUUGAACAAAACAGGGUACCAGCAUGGAAGACUUUCUUAAAAUGAAACCUGAAUUGAAUGAUGAAAUGUUGUAUGUGUGUUUGAUUAUAGUUUAAUCUCUUAAAAAAACAAAAACAAAAAAAGGGAAAAAUUUUAAAAUGUUUUACAAUUAUUUAAAUAAAUAAACGUGUAACUUAUUGUAAGUAGAAGUAGUUAUUAAGACCUUUUGGAAGAGAAAAAAACUCUCUUCCUGAUGUAAAAUGAAAAUGAUGCAAACACGUAGUAACAGGUUAAAAAAGUGUGUGAUUAUUACUCAGUUACUUACUAGACUCUUACCCCCCUGUCCUGCAUUCCCUUCUUUUUCCAUCUUUUAUUGACCCAUGGGCAAGAAUAUGUACCUUGUGUAGAUUCCUAUAGAACAACUUGAUGCAGAAACAAAAAUGUCCAUGCACAGACAUAAACACCCAUCAUUCAUUCCCAGCUCCAUCUGCUUUCUAAAUAGUAUCUAUGUCCCUUUUACUAUUCACUCUGUGAAUUUUUUAAAGCUUCUAUUAGCUAUCUACAUUUUCCCCCGAUCAAUGCAGAGAAUUACCAUAUUUUAGUGCACCCCGGGUUUUGAGUAUCCUGGGGAAAGAAGUAGCUCAUAUCAAAUAUGAGUUCAAACCACACAACUUUCCCAGCCAAGCAGCCUCUUUAAUACUUGCUUGACAGAUCUAUUUGCUUUUAAGGUUUUUUUUUUCCUGUUUUAUCAGAGGAUUUUGAAAACAUGGUUUGAAGAAGAUGACUCUGUUUCUUGAAUCUUAGCGUGUCCACAUUUUUUCUUCUCUCUAUAGAUUUCCACUGUCAUGACAUUAAAUUCUCUUGAAAAUCACUUGACGGUUUCCAGGUAAGAAUGAGAUGGAAAAGAGCCCUAAAUCCCUCUCCUGAUCUGUGAGGAAAUGGGAUUUCAGGUUCUUGGUAGGGUCAGUAAUUAGAGACAUCAAUGUUCUAAGCAGUUACCCAGUCUUGCAACAGAUUCUCCCAGCUCUUGAGACUAGUUCCUUAAAGAAGAGUCCUCUUAACAGUUGCUAACAGUGACUGAGUUGUGAAAAAUGAAGUGAUCCUCGAGAUGUACCCAGACUCAUCAGGGUUGCCAAUAAGCAUGCUUUUUUUUUUCCAGGCUAGGGUUUUCCCUAUUGACUUGUUGGCAUCACAGUGCAGUCUCUACAUAGACUGCCGUUUGGGAUUCUCGGCUGGGCUUCUAACAUUAGAAAUUGAUACAGCUCUUAUGGAAAGAUAUCUUUAAUGCAUCUGAGCCAAUCUUAGAUGACUUCAUGAGUUUCCCCUUUCCCAUUGAAACAUCCCCCCCCACCUAUUGAACCCUUAACAAUCUCAUUUGCUUUUUAAUCUAUUCUGGAAUUUUCCAAUAUGACCUAAAUACUGUUUCUAUGCACAUGAAAAUCCAAGGUUUCAGAAAACGGAUGUGCUUAUAAUUUCUGCGCAUAGUCCCUCAUACCCAGGACUUAACAUACCAAAAUACAGGGAAACACACCACUUGAGAAAGUUCCCAGUGAAAAAAACCCAAUGAGAAGGGAGUGUGGUGUACCAUCCCAAUGUGAAGGCAGAUCAAAAUUAAGCAUGUUUAGACCUGGAUUUGAGCCAAUGCAACAUAAGGAAAUGAUUUUUUUAAGUAGCAUUGCUUUUAGAAUCUGUGAAUUUUGCUCUUGCAUGAAGAUGAGUGCAGUACUGUCUUCAAAAUGAUUGUAGAAUUUGUUGGUAGCUUUACACCGAAAAAUGUGCGUAACUAAAUACCAGACAUUCCUGAUCAUUCAGCUAGAACCUUGACAGCAGCAAAUCUAUUUAAUUGUACAAAUGUGUGUAAGGAUUAUUUUUAGUGUACUAAUAAAUUAAAAACAAAGCUACUCUGUCCUCUUUAGUCAUUGCUGUUAAAUCAUUCUGGUCCCAGGUUAUUUUUGUGCCACUUGAAUAUGAGUAUUUCUAUAGGUAACUACAAACUAUAUCCUAUCUUUGUAAGAGGAGCUGUGUAAGAUUUUUCAUUUAAAGGGACAAUUUACUUCAUUAUUUAUCGUACUUUUUGUUAUAGCAUCAUAAUUUUUCCCAGUUUUUCUUUGCACAUUUCAAUAUGCAUGGUUUAAAAACCAUUAUCUUCCCUACCUUUUGUACAGUGAGUUCUCAUUUUCAAACUGUAUAGUUCCAUUUUAUUGUUUUGCUUUGUCAGUUAUAAACAGUAUAAAGUUGCUAUGCACAGAGCUUUUUGUAAAGACGGCUUUUUUGUUUACUGUUUUUAAUGGUCUUACUUAUGAAAGAAUAUCUUGUUUGUAAAAUGAAUAUGUCUACUUCAGUUUUAAACUUUAAAUUAUCCUAACAAAAAAUAAAAUUUUUGUACU